AUGCCACGCCCAGCCCCCAAAAGAAAUCGCUUAACCAAGCCCAAAGCCGCGGCAAAAGCGCCCAAGCCUGACCAGAAUGAAACGACCGCAAAAUCACCCCCCGCCUCGCGGCGCGCCCCUUCAGUCGACCCGCGACAAACACCUCUAGCAAAGAACCAUGACCAAGCAAUCGAGUCAUCGCCCACCGGCGACCGUCCGGGAACCGGCAGUCGGCCAGGAACUGCAAGUCGACCUCCAACCCGAUCACGCGGUUACUCCUCGACCAUGUCCGUAGCGGGGCGCAAAGGAGAAACGAAUACAAACUCGCGAAUCCCCGGCACACCAAGCUUCGACACUUCGAUGCUGAGCAAUUUCCGUCGACGACCGCGCCAACAAAGUAUUCUGCACAUGGUGCAAGCGGAGGAUGGGUCUUCGGAAGUAGACGACGAUGAUUUUCUGGGCGGAUUGAGUCCACAGGAUGAAUCGACGCCUCUGAAUCGCCGUAAAUCAUUGGCGAAACCAGAGCAAGGCCAAUCACCUUCAGCUUCGCAGUCGGCUUCGGCUGCGGCUUCACCAUCCCAAUCGCAAUCUCUCCCGUCUUCUGCGUCCGCGAGCUCGCGCAAGCGCAAACGGGCACCAAGAAUAGAAGUGCAGAUACUAGUGCCUCGGUCAUCGGCUCCAGAAGCCAGCCAGGGCGAGGGUGAGGAUAUUAGCCAAAUUGACGAUACGCCGAGUGCUACGCCAAUUCCACGCAAUACCUACCCCGACGAGCCCGAACUGCCAGGAGAAACGCCCCAGCCUCCACGGUUCUCCGAUAUACUAAGUCAAACUUUCCUCCCGCCUGCCAGUAGCCCUGCGAGUACUGUUACUACGGCGCCGCGUUCUCCCUUGGUCGUUCCUCUGGUCUCGGGUAAACGAGGACCCAAAGACCCGGCCCAUCUGUCUACCGCGGUGCUGCAGAACAAAUUACUGCCCCGGCGAAGGCUGCGUCGCCUGAGACAGCGAGAUUCAGGCGGUCAUGACGGGUCUGAUGAUGAUAGCGACAACGACAGUACGCACGAUGCCGCAUCCGGUGAAGAGGAUGAGCUUAGUCGACCCUCUUCCUCAAGGAGGUCUCAAUCGCGAGGAGCUUCCGUCCCAGCUAAACCGAAGCCUUUGCGGAAUUCUCGGGGUAAAUCCACGCUCAAUAAUCCGAAGCAGAGAAAGUCCAGAGGCAAAAAGGGUGCAGCGUCAGAGCAAGGACCGACAGCAGCGACUUACUCGCGCUCAGGGGGAGAAGGGGGAGUCGAUAAAGAGAAUGAAUUCGAACUAUCGCGAUCAGGGUCCCCCUUGUCUUCUGUGCCUGACUCCGAAGCCGAGUCUGAUACAAAUACAGGAAACAGAACCCCGCGUCGCUUUACAAGUGCCGAGUUGCGCGCCGCGACGUUGAGAUUUGCCGAGAUCGAUCAAUGGGAAAUGGAAUUUGAGGAUGUCUCUGGUUCGGAGAUUUAA